AUCUAUCUGUCUCCUAAGUCUCAUUUGGUUUUGCUAAACACUUCAGGUUUUUGUUACAAAAUUGUUUUGAGCUAUUCUAUUGUAUAUCAAAACAUUAAACUUCUGUAUACGAUUGGUCUGAAAGGAUAUUAAUCUAAAGGCUUUUUGUCUGUUUUCAUAAACGAUUUUUUCAUGAAAAAUAGUUAUAGAUUGCAUGCUGCAAUAUCAAAAUUGAUACAUGUAGCUACCAUGCAAACAUACAGACAGAGAGCUUAAUUUGAUUACAUUUUUCUAAUUGUAAAAUAUUUGUAGAAUUAUUUUCUCUCUUUCUAAUUAGAUAAUGCUCAUGUUUUUAGAUGCCAUGGGUCUUAAAUGUCAUUCUGAGUGCUCGGAUCAUGGAUGCUGGGGUCCAGGACCAGACAAAUGCCUUAAGUGUAAAGCAGCACGCAUGGCUGUAAAUAAUACAUGCUUGGCAACCUGUGAUGAUGUACCCAUGCUUUACCAGGCAGAAAAUAACACAUGUAAACAAUGUCAUAUCCAGUGUGCCGGUGGUUGCUCUGGUCCGGAUCCCGAUCGAUGCUUUGACUGUAAGAAAGUAAAAGUUCUUGGGCAGAACAACACAUUUGAAUGCAUGACAGAAUGUCCGUUACCUGUCGGACAACUAUACAUAUACCCUGAUGAGAACCGGAUAUGUCGCCAGUGCGAUCCAUCGUGUGACAAGGGAUGUACUGGACCUUCGUCAGCUGUAAAACUAGGAGGAUGCAAUACAUGUGUGUUGGCUGUGAAUAAAACUCUGGAGAAUGACACUGUUCGGUGUCUACCUCGAGAUCAAGAAUACUGUCCUCGAGGAUACUACGAAAAGCAAUACAGAUCUGAUGUAGACCAUCCACUUAAUAAAAAAAGGGUAUGUCAACAAUGUGACCAUCUAUGUUUAGAAUGUAAUGGACCAGGGUAUGCAUAUUGUCCUAGAUGCAGAUAUUACAAAUACACCGACAUAUAUCCCAUUUGUUUAAAGGAAUGUCCUGAGUAUACAUAUUCAUACCAGUAUCAAUGUUUUCCAUGCAGUAAUCAAUGUUUGGGUGGUUGCCGUGGUGCCGAAUCACUAGAUUGUUAUAACUGUCGUAAUUUCAAGGUCUUUGUUGAUGAGGAUAUGCAUAAGGUAAGUGUUAAGACAUAUUAGACUCAGCAUUGUUGACUUACAUUAUAUGCUGACGAGACUCAAAACUUUAUGCUGACAACACCCAGCACUAUAUCCUGACCACAUUCAACAAUGUAUCCUGGCCAGACCCAACACUGAAUCCUGUCCAGACACUUCACUUUAUCUUGACCAGACUCUACACUAUAUUCUGACCAGACACAACACUAUAUCCUGACCAGACUCAAC